AUGGCAGAAGCAGAGGAUAUUCAGCCCCUUGUUUGUGACAAUGGAACUGGAAUGGUGAAGGCUGGAUUUGCUGGAGAUGAUGCUCCAAGGGCUGUCUUCCCUAGUAUUGUGGGUCGCCCUCGUCACACUGGUGUGAUGGUUGGUAUGGGCCAAAAAGAUGCUUAUGUUGGUGAUGAAGCCCAAUCCAAGAGAGGUAUUUUGACACUCAAGUACCCAAUUGAGCAUGGCAUUGUCAGUAACUGGGAUGAUAUGGAGAAGAUUUGGCACCACACUUUCUACAAUGAACUCCGUGUGGCUCCAGAAGAGCACCCAAUUCUCUUGACUGAAGCUCCUCUUAAUCCCAAGGCCAAUCGUGAAAAAAUGACUCAAAUCAUGUUUGAGACCUUUAAUGCCCCUGCCAUGUAUGUCGCGAUUCAGGCUGUUCUCUCCCUCUAUGCCAGUGGUCGAACAACUGGUAUUGUGCUCGAUUCUGGUGAUGGUGUCAGCCAUACAGUCCCCAUCUACGAGGGUUACGCCCUCCCCCACGCCAUCCUCCGUCUCGAUCUGGCAGGUCGCGACCUGACUGACCACCUCAUGAAGAUCCUGACCGAGCGCGGCUACUCCUUCACCACAACAGCCGAACGGGAAAUUGUGAGGGACAUCAAGGAGAAGCUGGCCUACAUUGCCCUCGACUAUGAGCAAGAAAUCGAGACUGCCAAGACCAGCUCUGCUGUUGAGAAGAACUAUGAGUUGCCCGACGGGCAGGUGAUUACCAUUGGAGCCGAGCGGUUCCGCUGCCCGGAGGUCCUCUUCCAGCCGUCCAUGAUCGGGAUGGAAGCUGCUGGAAUUCACGAGACUACUUACAACUCCAUCAUGAAGUGUGAUGUGGAUAUUAGGAAGGAUCUGUAUGGGAACAUCGUGCUGAGUGGCGGGUCCACCAUGUUCCCGGGCAUUGCCGACAGGAUGAGCAAGGAGAUCACUGCUCUGGCACCGAGCAGCAUGAAGAUCAAGGUGGUGGCCCCACCUGAGAGGAAGUACAGUGUCUGGAUCGGUGGUUCUAUUCUGGCCUCUCUCAGCACUUUCCAGCAGAUGUGGAUAGCCAAGGCAGAGUAUGACGAGUCUGGGCCAUCGAUCGUCCAUAGAAAGUGCUUCUAG